UGGACGCCGCCGCCAUUGCCGAUUCCCCCACACCAAUCCACACAACACUCCACCUCCGCCGCCUCUCCAGCGGACGGAAGCCAAGCGCGCUACGGCAGCAACGGCGAGCGCGGGGGGGAUGGAGGGGCGGAAGGCGGCCGGGGCUGGGGCUGGGAUGGUGGUGGUGGUGGCGGAGGAGGGGGCGGCGCCGCUGCUGGCGCCCGCGCCUGGGGUGGAGGAGGAGGAGGAGGGGAGGCGGCGCCGGGUGAGGGGAGGGGGAGGGGCGACGUCGGCGCAGACGCUGGGGAAUGUGGUGGUGUCCAUCGUGGGGACCGGGGUGCUCGGCCUCCCCUACGCGUUCCGCGCCGCCGGCUGGGUCGCCGGCUCGCUCGGCGUCGCCGCCGCCGGCUGCGCCACCCUCUACUGCAUGCUCCUCCUCGUUGACUGCAGAGAUAAAUUGGAAGAGGAAAAAUCUGAAGAAGCCUGCCAUGGUCAUUAUACAUAUGGUGAUUUGGGUGAGAAGUGUUUUGGAACUAUAGGUCGAUGCUUGACAGAAAUUCUCAUCCUUGUUUCCCAAGCAGGGGGUUCUGUAGCUUACCUAAUAUUCAUUGGCCAAAAUCUUCAUUCGGUCUUCAGCCAUUUCAUGUCACCAGCUGCCUUCAUCUUUGCCAUCCUCCUGCCUGUGCAGAUAGCUCUAUCAUUCAUUCGUUCACUAUCUUCUCUAUCCCCAUUCAGCAUAUUUGCAGAUGUGUGCAAUGUUCUUGCUAUGGCAAUUGUUAUCAAAGAUGAUCUUCAGCUUUUUGAUCACCCAUUUGCAAAUAGAAGUGCUUUCAACGGACUAUGGUCAAUACCAUUCACGUUUGGAGUUGCAGUCUUCUGCUUCGAAGGAUUCAGUAUGACUUUGGCACUCGAAUCAUCAAUGGCAGAACGGAGAAAAUUUCGCUGGGUACUUUCUCAAGCAGUUGUUGGUAUCAUAAUUGUCUAUGCAUGUUUUGGAGUUUGUGGAUACUUAGCCUAUGGUGAGGCCACUAAAGAUAUCAUAACACUUAACCUGCCCAAUAGUUGGUCUUCUGCUGCCGUUAAGGUUGGUCUAUGCAUAGCACUGGUAUUCACAUUUCCGGUCAUGAUGCACCCAAUCCAUGAAAUCGUCGAGGCAAGAUUCCAAUCAAGUGCAUGUUUCCAGAAGCUUUCGCAGAAGGUUCGUAGCGCUGAAUGGCUAGGUCUGCACUCAAGCCGCAUCAUCAUGACAGAUGUGAUGCUGUCGAGGUUCCAGAUGGGUCAUGGGAGCUGCACUCUUGGAACCAUUCUCUGCAACCAAAUUGAUCUUGUUCAGCAAUUGGGGAAGAUGGCCCAGCUGAGGAAACUGCGGAUAGGAAACGUCAAGAGGAUGCAUUGUGAACCACACUGUUCUCAUCUCUUGGUGCAAUGCAUUUUUCACCUGCAUUUCAAUCCUGGUGGUUUCAUGCCCAUCCCAUCGUCGGUCUUGACCAUUUUGACUUCCUCAUUAAACUUUAACCACUAAUCGUUUCUGAAUAGUCAGACUAAAAUGAACACCGUAAAUAUAGAUUAAGCUGAGCUGAGGUAUGCGCUUUUAUGGUUGUAAAAAAUAUAGAUUAACUGAGCUUAAUAUACUGGUCCUGUCCACCGUUUAUUUUUCUCAUGCUAAUUAAUAUAUGGAGGGGGUGGGUAUGUUGAAGUGUUAAUUGCGGAAGCUGGGACUAACAGAUUCACGGUUCACAGCCUGUGUUGGAGUGACAUUUUUCAUAAAUUGAACUUCUGUGGAUUUUCAUGUAACACAAGUUCCCAAAUUUUGUCGGCCAAUAAAUUACUGAACCAGAGGAGAAGGAUUGCCAUUAUAUAC